AUGACACCACAAUUAUUAAUGAGCGCGAUGGUUUAUGUGAGCGACGGCAGAUGCCGACCUGUAAAAUGCCGCGCGCUAUUGGAUACGUGCGCGACGGUGAAUAUCAUCACGGAUCGCAUGGUGAGGCGCCUGAACAUACCGGUGCAUGCGCAAACGAUAUCUGUCGGCGCAGUAAAUGCAAUGAACACCGUGUCGAGGGGAGUAGUAACAAUCGUCAUGAAAUCGACAAACGAUGAUUAUAGUAGGAGCCUGACGUGUUUAACUUUACCGUCCAUCACAGAUCCGAUUCCGGCUGAAGGUUUUCCACGAAAUCUAAUAAAAAUACCUUCGAAUAUAAGGCUAGCAGAUCCGAACUUUCAUUUGACGCAGCCUGUGGAUCUGCUGAUCGGAUCCGGCGUGACAGUGGCGUUACUCUCCAUCGGGCAACUGAAUCUAUCUCGCGCCGGGUACGACUUGUACAUGCAGAAAACGCGCUUGGGCUGGGUGGUCGUUGGCGGCUCGUCCUCACAAAUUCCGGCAAAACCCGAGAUAUGCUACAUAACGGAUUUAGAAUCGCAAUUGAAUAAAUUCUGGACGAUCGAGGAAAUUACGCCCCAAAAUUCGGGGAGGGAGACGUGUGCGAAACACACUUUACACAGACCGUUUCUCGUGACGAUUCCGGACGUUGCAUAG